UUUUUAUUGCUUUUUCCCUAUUGUGGGCAGCCUGCAUCCUCCCUGCAUUCUUCAGCGUGUGCUGCUGUAACAGGAAGCCCAGAAAUCAGUAUGAGUCAGUAUUACAGUGGGAGCCGGUCUCCAUGGUAAAAUGCAGCACUCUCCUAGCAGGGCUGGAGCGGACACUACUAAACAGAGAGAUCACAUUGGCUAUCUAUUUUUUCAAGCACUAACGCCGAGGGACCCCACCUCCCCACCAGAGCAAUUUAGCUUGCCCGGAGGCCCGGUCUGUGAAUCUCUGUCUGGACGCCUCUAGGCCUUUCUAGGUACUGGGGGCAAUGGGAGUGUGUUAGAGCAAAUUUUGCCGGAUGGAAGUCUGUUCCCAGGUGUUUCUUGAGCACAAGAAAAUGGAAAUUAAGCCUGCCGGCAGAUCCCGUGGAGAGACAGCCGUGAAGAAAGCAUCUUCAAGCCAUGUGAUCGUUAUCUGCACUAUGCUUCGUUAGACGAGCCGGGAGAAGCUAUGUGAGUUGGGGAGGAUUUCGGGGGACCAUGCCUCUUGACCCAAGCCUCAGCAAUUCCACUCACAACCCAGCAGACCCCAGCGGCGGUGGCAAUAACGGUGGCGGCGGCCGUGGAGGCCGAGCCCCCCUCAGCCUCGGCCACUGCGUCGUCCGCAUCUUGCUCCUCUCGGCCCUCGUCUGCCUCUCCCUCCUGGGCAACGUCGCGCUGUUCAUCGUGUUCCAGCGGAAGCCCCAGCUGCUGCAGGUGGCCAACCGCUUCAUCUUCAACCUCCUGGUCGCGGACCUGCUGCAGACAGCGCUGGUCAUCCCCUGGGUGAUGGCUGGCUCCCUGCCGGCGCUGUGGCCUUUGGACCAGCGGCUGUGUGCCGCCGUGGUCACCCUGAUGCACCUCUUCGCCUUCGCCAGCGUCAACACCAUCAUCGUGGUUUCCGUGGACAGGUACCUGGCCAUCAUUCACCCCCUGUCCUACCCGUCCAAGAUGACCCCCCAGCGGGGCAACGCGCUCAUCCUCGGCACUUGGCUCUGCAGUGUGAUCCAGAGCACCCCGCCGCUCUACGGCUGGGGGCAGAUCGCCUUCGACUGGCGGAACGCCCUGUGCACCGUCGUCUGGGGCUCCAGUGCGUCUUACGCGGCUCUCAGUGCCGCCUCUUCGUUCCUGUGCCCGGUUGUUAUCAUGCUGGGUUGUUACGGGAUGGUGUUUCGAGCAGCCAGGAGGCAGAACGCCCUGGUACAUCCCAUGCAGGCGAGCAACCUAGAGGACCGAGCGGACGACCUAGAGGACCGAAUCGAUGAAAGCAGCAGCAGUGGCAGUAGCAGCACCGCCACUUCUGCUUCCCACCCCACCCCUUGCAUGUGCCCUGGGAGGUCCAGCACGUACCACUGCAAAGCCGCCAGGGUCAUCUUCAUUAUCAUCGCCUCCUACAUCCUGGGAAUGGGCCCUUACAGCAUCCUGAGCGUUGUCUCUUCCAAGACUGAGGCAGCUGUCCCCCAGUGGGUAUUUUCAGUCGUACUCCUGCUGUUCUUUCUCCAGUGUUGCAUCCACCCUUAUAUCUACGGCUACAUGCACAAGAGCAUAAAGAAAGAAUUUGUCCUCCUGCUGUUCCGAUUUUUUUGCAAAAAGGUGCAGCCGCAAAACUCCACCUCGGACCCUUAUUUUACGGUGGCGGACGGCAGGACUUGCCCUUCCCAUUUUUCCACCACUUCAGCCUGGAAAUCCUAGUAGAUGGGAUGAGUGUCUCCGAGCCGACCCGGGACUCCCUGCUGAACGGCCGACGUCAGAGAAAACAAAAGGACUUCUCGAAACGGGCCGUCCUCUCACACGUGUCACCGGUCACGGUCCGCCUCGCUACGACUCAUGGCGAAGGACGUUAUAACAACCGAUUAGGCAGGCAGACAAGGGUGGAGGAAGUGGAGGUGCUUCCUGCUGCUUAUCAAAGUUUAGACUUGGCGACCCUCACUGGGAUUAUACAUCAGAAGAAGACAGUAGACACUAAACACUUAAGGUAAAUAAAUAAGGGCUAUCCAUUCUGGAACUGUUCUUGGUGUUUUCUGUCUUUUACUGGAAUUAUCUUGCUCCACCUCGGAAGGGAGAGGGCCAUCUGGAGAUACACUGAUUUUCAUCUCCCAGGAACAGAGUAGGCCCAGUCGGCCACUUGUUUUCAGUGGAAAUACUCCCAGUGGCUGGAAAUACUCAUAGGGUAGAGUAUUUUCCAAAUGAUUAACAAUA